GUUCAUUCACUAACUUCAAAUUUCUUAUAAGUACAACCCAUCUUCGUGUGGCAUGUGAAAAUGGUUUUGGAAAUGGAAACAUUUACCCAUUUCAUUUGCAAUUUCAAUCCAUAACGCAUAGAAGCUCGUUUCUAUAAUUACUAUUAUAGUCUACAAAAUUAGAAACUUUGACUUUCUGUCAAGUGAAACAUUAAGUCAGCCAGACACAUUCCACAUUCGAAGAUUUGAUGUAAAACAGUUACAACAAACAGCGUUUUAAUCUUAUUCAAAAUAAAUAAAUAAAAAAAUCUUGAAAUCAGGAAUUGUCACAUUUCUAGAAACCAUGCUGCCAAACAGCUAUUUAUUGGAGUCAACUUCCCAUUUUCUCCAACCCCUAUGCCAUGUUUAGCUAUGUCUAAAGCAUCUUCAAGCACAUGCUCACUACUCUUCCUCUCAAUAACCCAUUUUUCUAUAAGCUUUGACUUUUAAUCUCCCCAUAAACUUCUUCAUCAUCAUUUGGAAUUGGAAUUGGAAUUGGAAUUGAAUCCUAUUAUUACUUAGCUAGCAUCAUCAUUUUCUUCUUCCUCUCUUCAACUUUAUGUCAUCCCAUUUGGGGUUGGAUCUUAUCAUCACUUAGCCUAACCUCAUCAUUCAAAUUUGGCAUUUUCCACUGUUCACACACUUUCUCAUCUCAACAUAUACUCCCCCAUGACCAUACCACCGCCCAUCAACGGCCAGCCUCCUCCGCCACCGGUGUCCGACAAUGGCUUCCCGAUGCUAGCCGUGGCGGUACUAGGCAUCACGGCCACGGCCUUCCUACUCGUGAGCUACUACAUCUUCGUCACCAAAUGCUGCUUCAGGUGGCACUUGAUCGACCCCUUGAGGCGCUUCCCCAUCCGGAGGGCGCGCCUCAAUGAGGACCCACCGGCCUCGUCCUACUCCCCCGCGUCGUGGCAGAGCCGCGGCCUCAACGAGCUUCUCAUCAGAGAAAUCCCAACAUUCCAAUACAACAAGCAACAGGGAGAGAGCAGCAGCGUCUCCAAAUGUGUGGUAUGUCUCAAUGAGUUUCAAGAAAACGACAUGCUGAGGCUGCUGCCCAAAUGCAGCCACGCAUUCCAUCUCGACUGCAUCGAUGUAUGGCUGCUUAGCAACUCCAACUGCCCGCUGUGCAGGUCAGCGAUCUCGGGCAGGAACCGGUACAAGAUAGAGAGGAUCGUUGCACCAAACUCCUCCCCUCAAGAUCCACGGCCAACGGUAGGCGCCAUCUUCGGAGGUGAUGAGGAUUUUGUGGAGAUUGUGAUAAGGGGAGAGGACUUGUCCGAAAACAGACAGCAAGAGAGAGGCGAUUCGAGCAGAUUGUUGGUGAGCAAUCACUCUUCAAAAAAGUUUGAGCACAAGAAUAUUGGUAAGUCCAAGCACAGAAAAGCUCACCAUGGUUCAAUCAUGGGAGAUGAAGCCAUCAACUUGAGAGAGAAAGAUGAUCAAUUCUGCAUCCAACCUAUCAGAAGAUCCUUCUCCAUGGACUCUGCAGCAGACCGCUGCAUUUACCUCUCUGUUCAGGAGAUUCUGCGCCAGAACAGGCAAGCCGGUGACCCUCCGAGCACUGAAGAUGGCGGCAGCAGAAGCCGGAGAUCCAUCUUCUCCUUCGGACAUGGUAGAGGGUCAAGAAAUGCAGUUCUUCCCUAUUGAGACUAACACACAGAAAUCCACAAUUAUUAUGUUUUGUCUUGUGUUCUUGACUAGGAUAGGAGAUUUCAGAUUGUAGGAAACAACAUUCAAGAGAGAAAUGAAAUGAUUUGUCACACAAUUAUAGAUAA